GCUGGAAUAAGUUGUCUGCUACAACGGCAUGCUUUGAGUUGAGUCGGGAAGAUUGUCGGUUCUUGGGCACAUUAUAGGUGUUUGAAAGCCGGAAAAAACAAUUUGAAUCAAAUAAAAUUUUAAAGAAUGGUAGAAAUACAGACCGUGGGGCACAGUGAAGUCUUUCGUAAAUUAUCCAGUCCUUACCACACAGAUGUCGAACCAGUUGGUCGCUGGUUCAGAGCUUGGUGGUACCACCAUCAGAGAAAUGGAACUCUUUCAGGUGAAGGGCUCUCUUUUGCAGAGUCUGGAAGCCAAUCUGAUGAGGAGGUAGAAUGUUCUACUGUUGAAAUUGAAGAUGAUGUUGACUACCUCAGAAGUCUAGAUCCUAAAGAAUGGAAAGAUCAAGACCACUAUGCAGUGCUGGGCCUGAAGAAAGUUCGGAUUAACGCCACAGAAGAUGACAUCAAACGAGCGUACCGGCAGAAAGUUUUACGCCACCACCCUGACAAGCGGAAAGCAGCCGGAGAAGAGGUUCGAGCCGACGACGAUUAUUUCACUUGCAUAACUAAAGCUUACGAAACGCUGAGUGUAGCGUCGAAGAGGCGCGCAUACGAUUCAGUCGAUUCUGAAUUCGACGACGAAGUUCCAUCUAGCAACGCAUCCAACAAAUCCCGUUUCUUUGAGGUGUUCGGUCCCGUCGUAGCGGCGAACGCGCGUUGGUCCGUCAGGAGCAACGUCCCCCAACUGGGCGACAUCAAUUCAUCGCGCGAUCACGUUGAAAACUUUUACGAUUUUUGGUACAAUUUUGAAUCGUGGCGCGAAUUUUCCUACCUCGACGAAGAGGAGAAAGACAAAGGCCAAGAUCGCGAGGAGCGGCGAUGGAUCGAGAAGCAGAACAAGGCGGAGCGAGCUCGGAGGAAAAAAGAGGAGAUGAGUCGACUGCGUUCGCUGGUGGAUGCCGCCUACGCCUGCGAUCCCCGUAUCCUGCGUUUCAAAGAGGAGGACAAACAAAAGAAAUUGGACGCUAAAAAAGCUAAACAAGAUGCGGUUCGAGCCCGGCAGGAGGAGGAGGAGAGGAGACGGAAAGAAGAAGAAGAGAAUAAGCUGAGGAUCAAGCGCGAAGCAGAAGAAGCGGCCAAGGCCCGGCAGGAUGCGGCCAAGCGCGAGAAGGAGAACGCCAAGCGGGCGUUAAAACGCGAACGGAAACAGUUGCAGAACUACGGCAAGCAAUUCAAUUACUUUGUCGGUCGCCCUACGACUACUGCUGCGGAUGAAGCGGAACUCGUCAACCGGAUGGCGGAUCUUGAUCGCCUCUGUGAGCUGCUUACCAUUGACGAGUUGGAUAAACUCAACAAAAAGAUGGCGAGUCUGUCGGUCGAUUCGUCCGAUCAAGGUCGUCCCAUAUUUGAUGAAGCCGUGGCCGAAUUGAAUCGUCGCAUUGACGAAGAGAAGCAACAACAUUUGCAGGGCGGCGUCAGCAGCCAAUCGGCCGGUGUAGGUAACGUUGGCGGAGGCAGCGGCAAGAAGAAAGGCGGCGCCAACCAGUGGAGCCCCGAAGAGCUGAAUCUUCUUAUCAAAGCCGUCAACCUCUUCCCGGCCGGCACCAAUCAGCGAUGGGAAGUGGUGGCCAACUUUAUCAACCAGCACCACGGCGGCAAUCGGUCGGCUAAAGAAGUUUUGGCCCAAGCCAAAGAGCUCCAGCAAAGCGACUUUUCCCGUUCGGCUUUAAAAGAAGCGGCCAACAAGGCGGCCUACAACAAGUUUGAAAAGGAGUCCAAGGCCGGAGUCGCUUCCGAGGAAUCGAUUCCGUCUGAACGCUACGAAACUCCGGCCGAACAGCUAGGAAUCAAUUUAACGCCAUGGUCGGCCGAAGAGCAGCGCUUGUUGGAGCAGGCCCUGAAAACCUAUCCGGCUUCUGUGACAGAUCGGUGGGACCGAAUUGCCGAGGCCAUUCCGAAUCGAUCGAAGAAAGAGUGCAUGAAGCGAUACAAGGAAUUGGUGGAACUUGUUCGAGCUAAAAAGACGGCCCAAGCAGCCGUUGGUCCAGCUGCUACAAAGAAAUGAUUUUUUUUUUUUUUUUAAACGUCUUUUUUCCUAAUAUUUUUGUUUCUAGCAGGACAUGAUGUGUAACCUUAUCUUUCAAAAGAGAAACACUGUCACCUCAUCGAUAAUUUUUUUUUUUUCGUUU